AUGGAUCCAACUUAUUUCAAGAGCUUAGCUGGAAGUCUUCGUUAUCUUACUUGCACCAGGCUAGACAUACUCUAUGGAGUAGGACUGAUUAGCAGAUAUAUGGAAACACCGGAUCAAUCACACCUUUAUGCAGUAAAAAGAAUUCUCCGCUACAUCAAAGUAACAAUCGAUGAUGGUUUAUUCUAUAAACCAACUGAUAAUUUUAGUCUUGUUAGCCAUUCAGAUAGUGACUGGGGACAUGAAUUAGAUGAACGAAAGAGUACUAUUGGGUUUGCUUUCUUUAUGGGAAAUACAGUGUUCACUUGGUCGUCCAAGAAGCAAGCUAUUGUGACACUAUCAACUUGUGAAGUUGAGUAUGUGUAG